CUUUGUUGGGUACCCCGAUAUCGACUAACGUUACCUCGGGUAAUGGCAUCGAUGCGUCGGCCUGUACAUAUAUGUAGUACUCCAGCAAAGGUAUGUACCAUCAGCAAUGGCUCACUUUGCAUAUACUACGUCUCCACCAUGCUCUCGCAAAGAUCCAUAGUGAGUGCAUUUUUCUAUGUAUCGCAUCAUCCACCUGCUACGCAUCUUUUGUAUAUCACGAUACGGCACAGCUUUCUCCCCCAGCAUCUCAGCCAUUACAUCUCACCGCAUGCACAUGUCACCCAUCCCCCUUCAAUACCACAAUACCACAACCACUAAUCUCUCCAUCCCAUCCCAAUCCUCCCCUUGAAAAAAAAAAGCCCUCCAUCCCCCAAGAAAAGACAAAACCCCCAGCAUCACCAUCCACACCCAACGCUCACAUAAUCUAGCAAGCCAUCUCCCAUCUGCGAGCCUACACGCCACCCAGCCAAACCCAAUGGCACAAUUGCCCCCUCACCCGCCGCGCCGCGGUCUUGAUUUUGCUGUUUCCGGAUCGCCGCGGCGAGUUGAAGGUCGUGCUUACCAUGCGUGCUGCGUCGCUGAGGAGCUAUGCGGGGCAGGCUGCGCUGCCUGGUGGUGAGUUUCUCUUAUUUUUCCCUCUUUUUUCUUUGUUUUUCCCUUUUCGAUUAUUUUGUUGGGUUUUUGGGAGCUUUUCGGUUGGUUGGAAUGGCAGAUGAGUAGAUUAUCAUUGAGCCCAGUCGGUAUUCAGGAAAAGAAUAUGGAUUGGGGACUUUGAGUUGAAGGGAUAUAGUGUAAAGAAUAUGAAGAGGAGGAUCUGGGGUUUGCGGGAUUGAAAAGUUUGGAGGGAGAGCGAGAAAGGAGGAGUGAAGAGCAGUAAUGACUGGCUGACUGACGUGUUGGUCGUCUUUUGAGAGAUGAACAGGCAAAGCAGAUCACUUGCAGGAAUCGCCCUUUAUGACAGCGCGUCGCGAGGCGUUUGAGGAGAUUGGGUUGCCGGUCCUCCCAUGCAUCGCCUUCUUAUGCCCGUCUUCCAUGUCAUCAACAUCCACAUCGGAAACCGCACACGACCCCGGGGGAAACAGCAUCAACAACACUCCUCCGCCAACCUCGGAAGUCGAAGACAAGAUGAUCCCCCGCCUCGACCCAAAAGAAGUCGCCGCCGUCUUCACAGCCCCGUUCCACAACUUCCUUGGUACAGUCUGGGAAGGUGGGUUCCCCUUCUUCCUCUUCCCCUUCCUCUUCCUCUCCAUCCGAAUCCCCAUCUCCGAUAUAGACUCGCAAUCGUUCAUCUUCAACCUUCCCAUCGAACUUCACUAAUAAUAUAUAUUUUUGUAUGAUAGGAAAUGGGAUAGAUGGGGAGAAAGAUGCACAUCAACACCAACCAUUCUACACAGGAUCGUGGACAACGCACAAAGGCACGAAAUGGCGGAUGCAUAAUUUUUAUGUUCCGAAACCCCCUCCUCCUCCUCCUUCUUCUUCAACUUCGUCGUCGUCGUCGUCGUCGUCUUCC